GCUUAUGCAGAAAUGCGACUCAUCCUGGCAAGAAUCAUCUGGAACUUUGACCUAGAGCUAGUUGAGGAGAGCAAAAACUGGAUGAAGGAUCAGCACAUGUUCAUUUUGUGGGAGAAAGGACCGCUGAUGGUGCGGCUUAAGAACGCUCGCCAAUAA